AUGACACGCGCCUCGCUUCCUGUUAUUGAUGUUUCGCCCCUAUUUGGUGGCGAAUCCGCAGAAAAGGAAAGGGUCUCCAAGCAGAUUGAUAAUGCAUGCAGGACAUGGGGCUUCUUCUACAUUGUGGGACAUCCGAUUCAGCAGGAGCAGAUUGACAAAGUACUUAAGUUAGCUGAUACUUUUUUCUCUCUUCCUAUGGAGGAGAAGCUCAAAUUGGACGUUCGCAAGGGUAGACUUUAUCGUGGUUACACUGCCCCUGGAGUAGAGGAAGCUGAUGUAGGGAAGGUUUACACGUACGAGACCUUUACGACGGGAUACCAUCUUCCUAAGCACCAUCCAGACGUCAUGGCAGGCAAACCGCUCCGAGGACCGAAUAUCCACCCCACUCAAGUGAGGGGAUGGAUGGAGGGUAUGGAAGGUCAUUACCGCGAUAUGUGGGCACUUGCGCUUGUCCUCCUGCGCGCUAUGGCGCAAGCUAUCGGUUUGCAGGAAGAUUUCUUCGACUCCAAGUUUAUGGAUCCCCUUUGUGAAUUGAAUAUAAAGCACUACGUUCCCUUAUCUCAAACGAAAGAAGAAACUACUUUGCUCAUUGAGCACAGCGAUUUCGGUGUUAUGACGUUACUCUAUCAAGACGCUUCAGGUGGCUUGCAAGUACGUGAUAGUUCCGGAGAGCUGAUGGAUGUGCCACCUAUUGAAGGAAGUUUUGUUGUCAACCUUGGAGACAUGAUGGAGAUGUGGACCAAUGGCCAAUACCGUUCCACAAAGCAUCGUGUGGUAGCCACAGACAAGGAACGGUACUCCAUGCCUUUCUUUUGCAAUCCCAAUCCGAAUGUCAUCGUCAAGUGCCUCGACAACUGUCAUUCGGAGGAGAAUCCACCAAGGUACCCUCCAGUGCGGGCUGUUGAUUGGAUUUUGAAGCGAUUCGCGGAGGCAUAUGGGAAAGAUUACUCAAAAAUGUAG